CCCAUAAUGCUUUGCGGCCGGUGUCCGGAAGUAAUACGUCUCCGUUGAGUCAACGAAAGCGCUACGAGGCUACUUCAAUUUCCACAAAAGGACAUCGCCAUGCCGCCUGGGCCUGUACAGAUCGUUCAGCCGGAGCCCAACAACAAGAAUGAUGCACCAGUAGAAGAAACCCCUGCUACGAAACCCAUUGUUGGGAUCAUUUAUCCACCUCCUGAGGUCCGAAACAUAGUUGACAAGACAGCCAGCUUUGUGGCCAGAAAUGGGCCAGAGUUCGAAGCAAGAAUCCGUCAGAAUGAGAUCAACAAUCCAAAGUUUAAUUUCCUCAACCCUAACGACCCCUACCAUGCCUACUAUCGUCACAAGGUCAAUGAAUUCAAGGAGGGUAGAGGGCAGGAACCGUCUGCAGCCGUGCCUAAAGUCAUGCAGCAGGCCAUGCUGCAGGCUCAGCUUCCACAAAAAGCGGUGAUUCAAGAGACAGUUGUCCCCAAAGAACCACCCCCUGAGUAUGAGUUCAUCGCAGAUCCCCCCUCAAUCUCAGCGUUUGAUCUGGAUGUUGUCAAGCUUACUGCCCAGUUUGUCGCUCGCAACGGCCGCCAGUUUCUUACCCAGCUCAUGCAGAAAGAACAGAGGAACUACCAGUUUGACUUUCUGCGACCACAGCACAGCCUUUUCAACUACUUCACCAAACUGGUUGAACAGUACACUAAGAUUCUGAUCCCUCCCAAAGGCCUUCUGACCAAGCUGAAGAGAGAGUCUGAGAAUCCAAGAGAGGUUAUGGAUCAGGUGAGGUACCGUGUUGAAUGGGCAAAGUUCCAGGAGCGCGAGAGAAAGAAGGAGGAGGAGGAAAGAGAGAAAGAGCGGGUGGCAUAUGCCCAAAUCGACUGGCAUGACUUUGUAGUGGUUGAGACGGUGGAUUUCCAGCCCAACGAACAAGGCCACUUCCCCCCGCCCACCACACCAGAGGAGCUUGGCGCUCGCAUCCUGAUCCAAGAGCGCUACGAGAAGUAUGGAGAGAGCGAGGAGGUGGAGAUGGAGGUUGAGAGUGAGGAUGAAGAUGAUGAAAGGGAGAGUCGGGCCCCGGGUCAGCCCUCACAACCUGAUCAAGACACACAGCUGCAGGAUAUGGAUGAGGGAUCUGAUGAUGACGAUGAUAAAGCUCCACUGCCACCAGAUAACCCCAUGCCACCGCCUCUGCCCCCAACUCCAGACCAGGUUAUCAUCAGGAAAGACUACGAUCCCAAAGCUUCCAAGCCUCCGCCCUCCAUUGUUACUCCAGAUGAGUACCUCAUCUCACCAAUUACUGGUGAGAAGAUCCAAGCCAGUAAAAUGCAAGAGCACAUGCGCAUUGGUCUGCUUGAUCCGCGCUGGCUGGAGCAAAGAGACCGCAGCAUCAGAGAAAGGCAGACUGAAGACGAAGUCUAUGCCCCUGGUUUGGAUAUCGAGAGCAGCUUGAAACAACUGGCUGAGAGGCGUACAGAUAUCUUCGGUGUGGAAGAGACGGCCAUCGGUAAGAAGAUUGGUGAAGAAGAGAUCCAGAAGCCCGAAGAGAAGGUUACUUGGGAUGGCCACUCUGGAAGCAUGGCUCGUACCCAGCAGGCAGCUCAGGCCAACAUCACCCUGCAGGAGCAGAUUGAAGCCAUUCACAAGGCCAAAGGGCUGGUGGGAGAGGACGACUCUAAGGAGAAAAUUGGCCCAAGCAAGCCCAGUGAUAUUCAUCAUCAUCAUCAUCAGCCUCCAAUGCCCCAAAUGAAUAUGCCGAGACCCCCAAUGUCAAUGGCUCGCCCACCCCACUCGAUGCCAGUGCGCACCACUCUCCUGUCUGCUGUUCCUGUAAUGCAGAGACCUAUGGCUCCUGUGGUCCGCCUUGCAUCUGGACAAGUCAUCUCCUCAAUGCCUCCCAUGAUUCCUGCUCCCCGCCUCAAUGUGGUCCCCAUGCCUCCAUCACCUCACAUGAUGGUCCCGAGACCACCCCACAUGGUGGUUCCAACCGCAUUCGUCCCGGCCCCUCCAGUACCACAACCCCCGAGCUCUGGUCCUGCACAGUCAUCCCACCCACUCCCACCUCAUGAUGAUGAACCAGCCAACAAGAAGAUGAAGACAGAGGACAACCUUAUGCCAGAGGAGGAGUUCCUUCGUAGAAAUAAGGGUCCUGUUGCAGUUAAAGUACAGGUCCCCAACAUGCAGGACAAGACCGAAUGGAAGCUAAAUGGCCAAGUGCUGAAUUUCACUGUCCCGCUCACAGAUCAGGUAUCUGUUAUUAAAGUCAAAAUCCACGAAGCUACAGGCAUGGCAGCAGGGAAACAGAAGUUACAGUAUGAGGGCAUGUUCAUUAAGGAUUCCAAUUCCCUGGCUUAUUACAACAUGAACAACGGUUCAGUGAUUCACUUGGCACUGAAGGAGAGAGGUGGAAGAAAGAAGUGAGCCAUGCUGCAAGAAGGAAACUAUUUUUCUUCUGGAUGUUUUGUCCCUUGAUCGUGCGAUGUCAUUUUAGUUUAUUAAAAAUGGUCACAAUUAUAAAGUGCUUUUCUUAGUUUUGUUUCGAAAAGUAUGAUGUUUUUGUUAUUUUAUGUCAUUUUGGAAUGCUAACUGAAUUAUGCUGUACACUGGCUGGCAGGCCUUGCAUACUAUUGGUUCAACUCUUGAUUUUUUUCCUGAUAUAUGCUAUUUAGUAACUUCAAAUUGUAACAUGUUGGAGCCCCAUAAUACUAAAUAAAUGAAUUUUAAAAAUGAAA